UUUCUUUUUAUCUUGGGAUCUUUUUCUUUUCUUUUUAAAUUCCUUUUUCUAACCCAUCUUAAAACUCCCAUACCCCCGGGAUCCCAGACACUCUUGAGAUCCACCAGCUCGUCUCUUUUCAUGGGUUGAGCGUGCCACGGCCCAGGGUCAAGGAUACAAGAAAGAAAAAAAAAAAAGCACUAAAGCAACGCGCAGCCCCGGAUGCAAGCAACGACUUGAGCCAUCCAUCCAAUACAAAGUUCGGCCCGCCCGCGCUUUUAUAUUUCAUAUAUCUAUCUACCCGCUACCCGCCCCCCAAACCCACCAGUGACGACCUUUCUCCGGAUAUAACAGCCCUUCUUCAACCUUCAAAGCAUCAUCGUGUCGAGUGGAGCUCGGUCAACAUUUCGCCAGCUUGGUCGUCGACCUCUUGUCCUUACGCUUUCUCGGUUCCGGCUUGCCUUUAGAGCUUGUCCGUUUGUCGUCUUCGGAUGCGGGCACACUUUACCUUGCGCCACAGAUCCUCGUCCUCGUCACCGUAAACGUCUUUCUCCACUAGACUUUCCCAGUCAGUUACAUGCGUGCCUACGACUUUCACCAGGCUCGCGCAACGUACCCCGCCUCCUCGUUUCUCUUCCCCCAAGGAUCGGCCGAGGCGGACGACGGUGUGGCGGACAUGACAAACAGCCACAAGCGAGGGCCUUGGUCCCAGGCCGAGGACCAUCAGCUCAUGACGCUCGUGUCCCACCAGGGCGCGCUCAACUGGGUCCGCAUCGCGCAGUUCCUGGGCACGCGGACGCCCAAGCAGUGCCGCGAGCGGUACCACCAGAACCUCAAGCCGAGCCUGAAUCACGAGCCCAUCUCGCCCGAGGAGGGAGUGCAGAUCGAGCGCAUGGUGCACGAGAUGGGCAAGCGCUGGGCCGAGAUCGCGCGCCGGCUGCACAACCGCUCCGACAAUGCCGUCAAGAACUGGUGGAACGGGAGCCAGAACCGCCGCAAGCGCGACGGCAGGCGCAAGUCGAGCUACGGCGGCUACCACCACCACCACCAACACGUAGCCACCUCGCAGCAGCAGCAGCAGCAGCAGCAGCAGCACUGUUUGUCCUCGCCCAUCGACUCGGCCCCGGCGCACCAUCACCAACAACACCAACAACACCAACAACACCACCACCACUACCACCACCAGGAUGCUCACCCGGCAGCAGCAGCAGCAGCAGCAGCAGCAGCAGCAGCAGCAGCAGCAGCAGCAGCAGCAGUAGCACCGUCGCACCACCACCAUCAUAACCCGCACGCCCGCAGCCUACUCGGCUACGACAUGCCCGAGCCCUCGUACAGCCGCGUAGGCCCGCUCCCCAUGCGGUCCCUCGCCGACAUCCCGCGCAUCCUGCCCAACGCGCUCCCGCCACUAACCCGCGCGCUGCCCAGGCCACUGUCCCCGACCUACAGCGGCAGGCAGUACGACACCCCGCUCCCAUCGCCCUCGGCCCUGUCCCCGGGAGCCGACAGCGUCGACGGCGGGCCGGCGCCCUCGCUCAUGUCGGACAACGGAUCGUCCUACAGCACCUCGCCGCGCGCCUCGAACCGGGACCUCGGGUCGCCCAUCGACCUGCCUCCGCUCAAGAACCUUUCGGUCCGGCGCGGGAGCCGGUCGUACGACCACCCCUCCCACCACCACCCUCACCCUCACCACCACCACCCUCACCCUCACCACCACCACCCAUACCAACGCCCGGGGUCCCUUUCCCCUUCGGACGUCAAGCUGCCGGGCUUCAGCUCGCUGACGGCUUACAAGCCGACCGCCGGCUCGGAGCUCUACUCGCCCCGGACGCACAACACGCACCUGCCCACGGCCCCGAGCUCGCCUGUCAACAACCUCCCGGCGCUGAGGAUGCCGCAGUCGCCGCAGCAGCAACACGCCAUCUGUCACCGUUCGUCUGCAAGCCGGGACCGCUUGGGCAUCUCUAGCCUCAUCAGUUGAGAUUUGUACUUGCCAUUUGGAACUUAUGGGUUCAGUCCAUCCUUUUUCAUCUAUUUUUUUUUCUUUCUUUUUUUCUUCUUCUUUUUUGCGUGGCUUUUAUUCGCGCGUGUGGCCCCUGAGCCUCCUUGUCUCUCGAUACCCACUUUCCAUCUCUCGCUGCUGUCUGUCAUUGAUUCCGUUAUGCUUUUUUUUUCUCUCUCUUUUUGUGGACGGAAUCAUUGCAAACACCAUUCCACCAAAACUUUUAUCGUAUGAUACCACCAUGCGGAAAGGCGUCGUUCGUUUUCCCCUUCUUCUUUGUUGUUACACAUCUUACGUUAUUACCGCCGAGGCGGCCUGGACCGGAUACCUUCGUUUUAAACCCUAAAUCAUUUACCUUUUCUUCUUCCCUUCUCCUUCUCUUCUCUCAUGUAUCACGACUAACAACCCCUUUUUUAUCUUAUUUCGUACUUUAUUUUCUUCUCUUCUUGGACGGAUCAAGGGCAUCGCGUCAUCCAAAAAACUCGCUCGAAAACAACAAACCACAAACAACAAAAAGAGGUUAAUUCUAGAGGAACCUAGAAUCCUUGUGACGGGUGGCAGUCUCAUGUUUUACUACAAUCCUUUUUUAAGUUUUCCUCUCAUUUGGCUUUUUUCAUUGUUACUCAAAAUCAUGUGGGUGGACAACGCUUUUCCUUUUUUUUUUUUCUCUCCACCGAGGCUAUUUCUCGGGCACGCGACGCGUGUACACAACGAGCGAGGGAGGUAUUUCUGUUGUUUGGGCAACAUAAAACGGUCACUUGGAAAGGGGCUUUGGGAUUUUGCUCUGUUUGGGAAGUCUAAUGGCGUGGUGAUGUCAAAGGGUUUCGGCAGGCGGAGGAAACGAAGGCGGGAACAGUGUGGGGGGGUUGCAACGGGCUUGUCAAUUUCUCUUGUGCGCAUGGGUUGGCAAGCCAUUUCUCCGACGAAGAGCCGGUAGGCAGAUUAACCUUGCUUGGAAAAAAAAGGCAUAUUCACACACGAUACCUCCAGAAACGCAUUUGCAUGAAUAAACCACCCAACGGGAACUUGGUCCAAGUCGAGCGGCAACCACUACCACUACCCGCUCCAAUAAAGAGGUGGUGGG